GUGGGGUCGAGCGUGAGGCUCAGCCGAGCGAGGCGUCAUGUCUGCGGAGGAUCGCCGGCAGCUCCUGCAGGUGCGGCGGCUGCUGCAGAGCGUCACCAACAGAGAUCAGCCGCAGGUGAGGCAGCUGCUGCGCCUCGGCGUCGCCGGCCUCGUCAACCUGACGGAGCCGAGUGACGGACGAUCAGCGCUGCACGCCGCCGCCGCCAACAACCUCACAGACAUGGUCCACUUCCUGCUGAGCCAGGGUGCUGACCCGGGUGUUCAGGACGGGGCGGGCCGGACGGCGGUGAUGCUGGCGGCGCAGCUCGGCCAUGACGGCGUCGUGGCUCUGCUGGCCGGCGACCGUGCCACCAGCAGCAUCGUGGACCACGAGGGCAAAGGUGUGUUGUUCUGCUGCGUGGCCUCCAGCGGGCCUCACCUGCGUUGCCUCCAGCUGCUGCUCGGCGCCGACGCCGACGUCAACAACGUGUCGGCGGCGGGGAAACCCGUCCUGCUGGCCGCCUGUGAGGUCGCCCGGCAGGAAGUGGGCGUGGCUCUCAGCCUCCUGGAGGGCGGAGCUGACCCCAACAUCGGCCAUCAGGUAACGGGGCACACGGCGCUGAUGGAGGCGUGCAGGGCGGGGCUUGUGGAGCUCGUCAGGGCCAUCCUGCAGCGAGGAGGAAACCCCAACGCCCGCGACGACAGGAACAUGACCGCCGCCCACAUGGCCGCCGAACGAGGCUUCUUUGAGGCGCUCGUGUUGUUGUCUGCGUACGGCGCCGACCUCGCUGCUGUGGCGGGAAACCAGACCAACGCCCUGCACCUGGCCGCCGCCGGAGGCUUCGCCACCUGCUGCCGCUUCCUGGCACAGAGAGGCUGCAGCAGCAAGCAGAAGAACAGUGAAGGUCUGCUGCCUCGUCACAUGACCCGGGACAAGACCACCAUCAAGGAGCUGAAGAAAGCUGAGCGCCUGCAGGCCAAGGCGUCCAAACCUGGCGCCGGAGAGCCCGACCUCUGGAGAACAGCGCUCCACGACUGGGCCUGUGAGCGCCAGGAAGCCUUGCGCAUCGCCAUGGAAACGCAGGAGAUGGAGGGUCCCGUGGACGACGUUUCCGCAGAUACAUUUGUCACGGUGAUGAAGGACCUCCAGGCCCCUGCAGGAGAAGAUCAGCUCCACAGAAUCGUUCAGGAACACGACAGGAACCGUGACGGCCUCAUCAACCUGUCAGACUUCUUCAGAGGAGUCCACUUCCUGCAGAAGGCCUUCACCCUGCCGUCCUACGCUCCCAAAGAGAGGAAGACCGGGAAGGGGGGGAGGCGGAGGAAGAAGGGGAAGUUUGUCCUCCCCCUGCCUGUCUGCGUGCUCCCCCCGCCGCUCACCCGCCGCCACCCGAAUGGAGGCCCGCCCCUCUUCAUGAUCGAGCGCUUCUGGUCCUCGGACCGCCCGCCACACCACCCCAUCAUGGACGACUCAGCGUGGUCCAUGGAGGAGCCUGACAGGGUGUUUGUCAGCAUCAGUCGCUGUGUGAAAGCAGCUGAUCUGGAGUCUCUUAGCCUGGCGUUCAGCCACGGUGUCCCGGUUGACGUUCAAGAUCGCUUCUACAAAACGCCGCUGAUGAUGGCGUGCAGCAGUGGCGACCUGCAGGUGGCAGAGUUCCUCAUCGGCUGUGGUGCGGACGUCAACAUGUGUGACCAAUUUAACUGGACACCUCUUCACCAUGCCUGCAGCGCCAGUCGGCUGGAUGUCGUCCAGCUGCUGGUGGCCUGCGGGGCGGAGCUGGACGCCGUGUCGAUCAGUGGAGCCACGCCCCUCAUGAAGGCCAUUGAGAGCUGCAGGCCCGCCUGCGUGGACAUCCUCAUCAGGGCUGGAGCCAACGUCCAGACGCAGAACAAACAAGGUCAGAGCUGUUUGGACGUGACCCGUCGCUACGGCAACUCAACCAUCACACGGCUGGUCCAGGACCAGCUAGACAGCCUGCCCAAACCCAAAGAACAGAAGAAGAAAACGUAA